UUCACAUUAAGGAAGAUUUAGGACUACAUAUAUAGACCUCAAGCAGCUGAAGAGUUUUUGAAAUAGAGCCUGAACCAAGGAAAGAAUAUGCCUCCUCGAAAAGGUAGAGCCUCCCCCACUGACUACGCCCCUAUUUUUCACGAUUGAGAAGACCCAGCCCGUAGUCAGGGCUAAAAAUUAGCGCGUCGAAGGAGGAAAAAACGUGCCAACCAUGCUUUGCAAAAUAUGCCAGAGUGACUUGCUAAAAAGGAACCUGAAGAGCAAAGUUUCGGCAGUCUCGAAAACUUUGCGGGAGAUCCGGAGUUUUUAGCAAAUAUUGUGCUGUUUUUGAGUUGGUUUGCGUGUGCCUUUCCCAAUACAACCACGCAAACUUUGCGCGAUGAUCUUGCAUGGUUGCUAACAUUUGCUUGGGUUUAGCGAUGCAUUGCUUUCAUAAAUAUGAAAAAUAAAAUCUUUUUAGUUUCAGCUGGUUUCAUGACGUUGGUAUGUACAAUUUCUCAAGAUUUGGAUGUAAGGUACUUUAUGAAAUAUAGCCCAGCGAUUGAUUCGCUUGGGUACCCGCAAAUUUUGCGAGCUAUUCGUAAAUAUGGCGCUAGGUCGUGUUUGACUAGGUAUAACAUUAUAUAUGUCGCGUGAAUAAUUUUGUCGUACUGUCAAAUUGUAGAGACGCCUAUUGGUGGCUUCGUGUAACUCAAUCUGACCGACCUGGCACCCGCCUUUUGACUAACUUAAAGGUUCAGUGUGCAGGCUCACCGGCGUGUAGAAACUCAGCAUCUCAUACCGAUUGGCCAGCGCAGAACUGGGGUGAGCAACGCAUACUCGCUCAUAGGAGAGCACAAAAGAAGAUGAUGAUGUUCUUCAUUCGUAUUUAUUAUCAACAACACGUGAAAUACAUUGUAGAUAUAACUGUAUACAUUAUUUAUGAAGUUAUUCAAAGCUAGUAAAUCAUCGGAAAGUAAUAUUGGCCGACAAGUGAUGAACGUGUCCGAAUUUGUUUAUCUAAUCAAAAGUGUACAUUAUACUGAUCGAAUACUCAAUCGGUUUUUUUUAUGACCAGCUAUCAUUUACAAAUAGCCUAGCAAUAUCCUGUUUCAUUAUAUCCAUACAUACCUUUCAUAACUUAUAGGCUUAUAUCGAGCUUUUAACACUAUAGAGCUUGUCAAGACGUCGAGACGGGCUUCAUGCUAUAACACUAUAGUCCAUUCGUAAAUGUUACGCCUGCAUCGUUUGGCGCUCUGGAUGGCGAACUACUGGUGGGAUUUCUUGGACUUAACCUCAAAACCAAGCAUGCUCUUUUCACUUUAGUAUCCAUGGUAACGAAAUAAUUUGUUUAGCAUGCAUUUGUGUACAUUGCACUGAAUUCGGACAUUUUCCGCUCAGUACGGUUUAUUUCUCGACGAAUCUGGAUGAAAUGUUCAGGUUAUUAUUUUUGGUAUCCCUCUUCUCAUGUACCAAGAAUGAAUGAAAAAUAUCCAGAAACACUAUAUGGUCUAUCCAGGGUGACAAUAGGACUUCGCUGAAGAAUUUUAUUUAUUUCUGCACUGAGAAUGCUGAACGCCAUAAAUCCUGUUUAGGUUUGAGGCAAGGAUCAAUAAUAACCCAACUCUAAAGAAAUCCGACCAGUAUAGUUCGCCCUCCAGAGCCCUGCAAACGAUACGGACAUAAGAUUUACGAAUGGACUUUAGUAGAGCAUAUUGGGCUGGUAAUAAAGCAUGUAUAUGUUUGGUUCUCGGCUCAAAAGUCAAGUUGUUCUUAACCGCAUUGGAACAGACCUUCACUAGUGGAAAGAGAGCUGCUGAAACAAGGUUCACCAGUUGCAAGAUGAAGGGAAUUUUCGUCCUAGUCCUUCUGUGGGGGACUUCCUUCUCACUUGGUAAGAAAAUCCUCCUUCUCCCGCUAGUGACCAGGAGCCACGUUCUACAGUUGAGUUCAGUCGGAGAUGGGCUUCUGAAGAAGGGCCACGAAGUCCACAUAGUGGUCCACUCAGGUCUGAAGGUCCCCAGUAAUAUCCUAAAGUCGGGCAUGAAAAUCAUACGAUACAAAACUAGUGAUGAAGAAUUAAAAAUGGACACUGUUGAGUUCCAAAAGAGCCUGGCUGAAGAAGGGGUGACUCCCGUAAAAUUCCGCAAUAUGUUGAAGAUCAUGUGGACAGAUAGUGAAAACAUGGCUGACAACCCCGACCUAAUUGAAAAGUUGAGAAAAGAGAAGUUCGACUUUGCAGUUGUGGAUAGCCCAGGUGGGUGUAUGUCCUGCCUUUACACGAUUCCAUAUAGACUGGGAAUAGAACAUGCAUCCAUAAGUCCAGUUAUGCCGUUCAAGACCUUGGCGAUGUCACUACAAGUUCCGUUUUUGAAUCCCUCACAGUUAGACCCAACAUUUUCUAUGGUUUCCACCUUCUGGCAGCGUCUUAAAUCGUUCUUGUAUUUCAACAUGAUAUCAGCGGUAUCGACGUGGACAUUUGAUGAGAGGAGAUUGAAAGCUACUUGUGAAACCCCGUUUGAGUCGCUCCAUGAUUUGAUGAUGAAGACACACCUUUGGCUGAUCGACCUCGACCCUUUGGUGGACGUGCCAAAACACCUGGCCCCAAAUAUGGUCAACGUUGGCGGCAUUGUAACAAGCCCACCGCUUCCAUUAGAAGAAGAGUUUAAAGUUUUUGCUGACAGCGCCACUGAGGGGUUGGUGGUCAUCACAUUCGGAGGAAGCAUCGGCUUCCUUCCCGUUGAAUAUGUCAACAGGAUCGUUCAGGCCGUCGAGAAGGUCAAGUACAAGGUCGUAUUCAGGCAAUUGACAAAACCAACGGUAAAAGUGCCUGCAAAUUUAAAGAUUGUUGACUGGGUGCCUCAGAAUGACUUAUUGGCUCACCCGAACACCAAAGUCUUUGUCACUCAUUGCGGCAGCAAUGGCCAGCACGAGGCAGUGUAUCACGGAGUCCCAAUGCUGGGGCUUCCGUUAUGCACUGACCAAAUCUACAAUGCUGCAAAACUCACCGCCAAAGGCCUAGGGAGAUAUCUGACACUCGCAACUGUCACCCCAGAGGAGCUAGCAGCCGCCAUUGAAGACGUCGCAACCAAUCCAAGGUACCGCGCGAACAUCCAGAAGGCUUCCACGAUCUUCAAGUCCCGUCCAAUGGCACCUCGAGAGAGGGCAGCGUACUGGAUCGAACACGUUAUGGAACACGGCUCGGAUCAUCUUCAGGCUUACACGAAUCAGUUGGCCUGGUACCAGAUUCUCCUGCUGGAUGUUAUGGGUUUCAUACUCGUGGUCGUGUUGUUAGUUUGUUUCAUCAUUUACAAGUGUGUGAGGUUUAUAUGCAGAAGAUGCACUAGUACAUCACGGAAGGAAAAGGUAAACUAAAACUGCAUCACGAACAGGAUGAUAUGUAGGAAACGUCUCCCAAAACGCUGGCGAGGGAUUCUUUCUUUCUACCACGGUAAUUCUUGUGUAUAAAAGGUCAAGGAAAGCAGGUCGCCUUAUCACUUGCUGGUUGAGCAGCACAGUGAGAGGUUCUGAAAGUACAUAACGUCGUGCAUUAUGAUACUAUGCACUAGAAGCUAGCUUGAUGAGUCAUCACUUGAACCCAGGUUUCGAGAGUUGGGCUUUAAGGACUACUUGGCAUUGUUUCCAGAUACUAAUGAAACAGAGCUUCACAUUAAGCAAGAUUUAGGAUAAUAUGUAAUUAUAUGGAUCAGAAGCAGCUGAAGAGUUUUUGAAACGUAGCCUAAACCAAGGAAAAAACAUGCUUCCUCGAAAAGGCAGGAUUGCACAUACGUCUUGCGAAAAGAAUGUUUAUUUACUUGGGAAUAAUUUUUACAGACAUGUAUCAACGAGUUCAUACUUCAAAUCCAUUUGAGAGGGACAGGGGCAGAAGAUAGGCAACGACAUCAAUGUUAUUGUUGGAGGGAUUGACUGUAGUGAGAAGGGAGAUUUUCCAUUAGAAUAGUAGUCUCCAUUUUUCAGGGGCGUAGCUGACGGGGGAAGAGGAGAGGGCAUUGGGUGCAAAUGACCCCUCCAGAAGUCACCAAAAAAGUGUUGCAUGGUCUCAAAAAUUUGCUUGGGUUUAGCGAGGCAUAGCUUUCAUGAAUAUGAAAAAUGUGAAAUAUUGCUAUGCGAUUGAUUUGGGUACCAGCAAACGUUGCGAGCCAUUCGAAAUGGCCCUAGGUCGUGUUUGACUAUAGGUAUUACAUUGUAAAUACAUUCCUCGUAUACGCGUGAAUAAUUUUGUCGUGCUGUCAAUUGGGAGAGACCCCUAUUGGCUGCCUCAUGUAACUCAAUCUGACCUACCUUCCACCCGCCUUUUGACUACCUUUAAAGGUGGAGUGUACAGGCUCACUGGCGUGUAGAAACUCCUUGACGCAUACCAUUCCAAUCCCGAUCUACCAAUUUGCCUGUGCAGAACUGGGGUUCGCUCAUAGAAGAACGCACAAAAAGAUGAUGAUGUUCCUCAUUCGCAUUUAUUAUCAACAACACGCGAAAUACGUUGUAAAUAUGACAGUGUACCUUAUUUAUGAAACUACAUGUAACAAUAGCUUCGUUAAUCAUAACAUGAAACCUCUAU